AUGCAGGCCGAACAAGCGUGGAAGCAGGUCUCGCCCACUCUCGCCAAGAGGCCCCUGAUUGGCGUGGAGAAGAUCCUCAACUACGCCGAGUACUACCAGAACGGCAACUUCCAACUAUCGAUUACCAUGAUGUUUGAGACAAAUUUGUCUCCCGAGACGCUGCGACAGCGAUUUGGUCUGGCUGUUUGGAUGGUGAGAGGCCAUCUUCCUGAGCUAGGAACUUGGACUGUUGGCCCCUCCACCGAUUCCUCCCCCGACCUCGACCAUGCCACUUUUACUGCCAUCCAGACCGUCCAAGAAGCUCAAAAGUGGAUCGACGAUACCAUCGUCUUGGUCGAAGACGGUCCCACCAUUGCCGAGACUGCAAAUUUGACUACCAACCAGCGUAUCGAGCCUGCUGGGAAGCAGUUUCGUAUCCAUCUCGUGUCAAACCCGCGAGAGGGCAAGCCCGGCAUUGUCAUGAAUGUCUCGCACGUUCUCAACGGUCACCGCACCAGAGUCCAGGGAUGUGCGAUUCUUCAGGCUCUCGUGGACGCCAGACUCGCGGCUUUGUUCGAGGUCAACCCUGAACCUCGUGCCGCACUCGAGGCCGUCUUUGUUCCUGAGGACCUCUCUCGUCUGUUGCGCAAGCUGCCCAUCAGCCUCAACACGGCAUACAACGACAAGUACAACCCGGGCCCCGAGCAGCUCGAAGCUGGUAUGGAAAAGUUCAGCGAGCGCGUGUCCAACGGUAUGAUGCCCACCAUCGGCAUUCCACGCUUCGAGUCUCCUGCCAAGAACCCAGAGUAUUCGCUCGGCCACCUCCCCAACGGCCAAACCAUGUCCAUGCUCAACCUCAGGAGGAAAGUUAGCCCUGCCGAGCACCGAUUGCUUCACCAAGCCUACAAGAAGCGCGGCUCCAGCCUCCCUUCCUUUGUCUAUGCAUGCAUCGUCAACAGCAUCGAUCGACGCUGCAAGGCCAGCACCGCCCAGGACGGAGAGACGCCCGGUGCCAACCUCGCCUACUCGGCCCAUGCCAGUCGAUGGUUCCCCAUAGAGACGUUCAUGUCUCGCUCCCCUGUCAACAUGGGCGUCGUUAUGGGCUCUGCCUACAUCUCGCCGCAAGAGCUGAGAUCAUCACAGCGCGGACGCGAUCUCAACGAGGACGAACUCUUUGCACUCGCCAAAUCGAUUCGCAGCAAGCAGGAAGCGUACCUCGACCAUCCACACAUCAUCUCAGCCACAGAGCAGGUGGCGAAUGACGUUGCAGCUAUGGUCCAGGACACGGCCAUCAAGCAACGUCAAGCAGGCACCGACAUGUACGUCGCUCUCUCUGAAAACUCGCCCGCCAUCUGUCCACCCACCCUCACAUCACAGGGAGAAUUGCGAUUCAAGACAUUCUUCACUGCUCAAGGCGCCUCCUUCGACCCCGUGCCCAUGCAGCCACAAGAAGAGUUCCUCCACAUGAACGAUGGAUGCAUUGACGGUCGCACCACCGAUGCUUCCGUCUGUUUUGCCAUGUUCAGCUUCCUCGGCGUCUUGACGCUCCAAGCGUAUUUCGACUCGCGCUUCUUUGACCCCAAGCUGAUCGAUACCAUCCUCGACGACGUAUGGGCACAGCUUCGUGCGCUGGCGACCAAUGCCCCGACUACCGACGCUCCGCAAGCCAAGCUCUAG